AUGAGAAUAUCCGAGGCUUUGCAAUGGGUCGCUCCCAUAGUGGCCCUUCUGCAGUCCAGUCACGCAUCAAUCACCAGCGGGACGCGGACGAUGGCCAGCCUAGACCACAAUAAUGUUGAAAUAUUUCCCAUUCCAUCUGAAGUAUUGAAAUCGACAGCGUUCCGAGUCGAGGUUCAUGCUCUUGGGAACUCGACGCGAUCUGCACAUGUUGUCGAAUUGUUUCAAACUCCCGUGCAUGAGAUCAAUACCACGACCGGACGAACCCAAGUCCACCAAGUUUCGGUGGGUAUUUUGGAUUUCGAUGGGUCGAUCAAGCUAUCCAUAACUCCGGACGUGAACACUUUCCCGACGAUUAACACUGUUCGCGUCCGUCCUCUUUCUUAUCACAUCAAUGCCACAAUCAACGAGCGGACUGUGGAGAUCACUUUAGAGGAGCCGAAGGACCUUAUGAUAGAGAUCAACGGAGACAUCUUUAAUGCUUUGCAUCUUUUUACUGGGUCACUUUCGGGCGUGCCUUCACCAGCAGCCAACAGCACACUCAUAAGGCGUUAUGACGCCGGAUUCCAUGUGCUCAACGAGACAGUCAAGGUUCUAUCCGGAGAGACCAUCUAUCUGGAGCCUGGCGCUGUAGUAAAAGGCGACUUCGUUUUUCAGAACAUAUCAAACGCUGCGAUCAUCGGGCGAGGGGUCUUGUAUCAAGCCGGUUCAAUCCUGAUUGAAUCUUCCGAAGACAUCCGAGUCGAGGGUGUGACGGUCCUCAAUCCACUGCACUACUCGCUGACUCUUGGGAUGGCCAAUAAUGUCUUCGUCAGCCAAUUUCGUUCUAUCAGCGGAGUGAAAUGGGGCGACGGCAUAGACGUGUUCUGCAGCAGCAACGUUGUCCUUGAGAAGCUGUUCAUGCGCAACUCAGAUGAUUGCAUCGCCCUGUACCAGCAUCGCUGGGGCUAUAUUGGAGACUCACACAACAUCACCGUCCGAGACUCGGCCCUCUGGGCUGACGUUGCACACCCAAUUCACAUUGGUCUCCACGGCAAUUCAGUGGAUCCUGAGACUAUGGAAGGAGUGAACAUUUCUAACAUUGACAUUCUUGAUCAUCGAGAGGCACAGAUCGACUACAUGGGUUGCAUAGCUAUCAACUGUGGCGACGAAAACCUCAUUACUAACGUCAGUAUUGAUAACAUCCGCAUUGAGGAUUUCCGCAUGGGCAUGCUAUUCAAUAUUAAAGUAUUCUUUAAUGCCAAGUACAACACGUCACCUGGCCGGGGGAUUAAGAAUAUCAGAAUCAAGGACGUAUCCUAUGACGGACAAGGCGAGAUUAUGUCCCUUCUCUCUGGAUAUAAUGAGACGCGUUCUGCCGAUUUUAUAGAUUUCCAGGGCCUGGUCGUUAACGGAAAAGAGAUUUGGGAUGGUAUGGCGAAGCCUGGCUGGUAUCAGACGGCAGAUAGCCUUCCAAUGUUUGUUGGCAGUUUUGUAAAUAAUCUCACGUGGAGUCAAGGGAAAGUAUCAGAAUAA